GUGUGUAUCUCUUUAAGAGCAGGUGGGAGCUUAACAGUACUAUUUAGAUUCUGAGUAUAGCCCCCCCCCCCCAGAAUGACUGGCCUAAAAAUAGCAGUGUGAAAGACAAGCAUGCUGUCCUAGUGACUCUGCAAAAGACAGAGUGUCCCCCAUCUUAGACAGCAGCAACAGAAAAGUCUGCCUUCUAAACAAGAACUGUGAAUAAUGUAUGAUUUCUGCUUUCAUUCACGAGCAGGUAAACACUGAAAACAUCUGUUGGCUGGCCCUGAAUGCAUUAAGGCCAUAGGUCAAAGUGUCGUCAUGGUGCGUAAUAUAGACGAUCUAGACUUCUGCCUCUCUUCCCAUCCCCAGAGCAUCUUAGAGGGCCUGCGCUCCCUCUGUUCUCAACCCAAACUUGUGGAUGUCACCUUGAGCGCUGGUGGACAAGAUUUCCCCUGUCACCGGGGAAUCCUUGCACUCUGCAGCCACUACUUCCGUUCCAUGCUCUCAGGAGAUUUUGUGGAGAGCAUUGCUGCUCGUGUCGAGUUUCAUGAUGUAGAUCCCAAUGUGUUGUCAUCCUUGUUGGACUUUGCUUAUACGGGGAAACUCACCAUCAAUAAAAACAAUGUUGAGGGACUCAUCUGCACAUCCAGCCAGCUCCAGUUCCACACCAUCCGUACUGUAUGCAGUCGAUAUUUGCAGCACCAGAUAGAUGCCACAAACUGCUUGGGAAUCCUUGAGUUUGGCGAGAUCCAUGGCUGCCCUGAAAUUGUCGCCAAAGCAUGGAGCUUCCUCCUUGAAAACUUUGAGGCAGUGCAACAACAUGAGGAGUUCUUGAUGCUGGAGAAAGACAGUCUGCGAGAAUUGUUGGGCUUGGCUAAGCUUUCCCUCUUCACAGAAUCCUACCUCACUGAGAACUUGCUUAAAGAGCCAUUGGUGCAAGACUCCCUAGAAUCCAAAGAGUUCGUAGAGAGAAUAUGUAGAGAAAAACGAGAAAUGAAAGGUGGUGAGUCAGAGCAGAGAGUGACUCAGAAUGCCCUCAACCUGCAGGAGGUUUUAUUUGUGAUGGGUGGUCGCUCGCUGGAUGACUCGGAUGAUGAAGAUGAGAAUGAGAAUGAGAAUGAAGAUGAAGACAGAGAUAGAAGGUUGCACCCCAGAAAUUGUGGUUUCUACAACCCAAAGCUUGGGCAGUGGUUUCAGCUACCUGAUUUUCCCAACUACAAUAAAUGGGGUUAUUCUGUCGUCUCCUUAAAUAACAAUGUGUAUGUCACAGGUGAGCCAAACUCUUUUCAUAAGAUAUUAAGCUGUUUCUAAAAGCUGUA